CUCUAUCUCCGAUCUUUUUGCUCGGAUCUCCCUCUCUCGCUUCUUUUUUUCUUUUUCGCUUCCCUGUCUCACUCACUCACUCACUCACUCAACAUUUUCGACAUACGACUAUUUACGACCUUAUAGACAGUACUCUUCCACCCCCAGGGCAUCAGUACCAUCGUCAUGGUCAAACAAGAUCUUGCACUCCACGAGACGAGACUGAACGAAACAAGUCCAAAUUCCACAACACGGCAGAAACUAAAAUCACACUUCCAAAAAUGGUGGUGGGCAUACCUCCUCAUCUUCAUCCUUCUCGUGCUCAUCAUAAUCCUACCAAUCGUCUACGUCGGAUAUCCCACCAUCGCCCAACAAGGCAUCAAUUCCUCCCAACUCUUGCUCUCCCAAGCUACCCUUUCCAAUCCUUCUCCAGAAGCCUUCGAUCUCGAUCUCUACGCCAUAUUACUCACCGACUCGAAAUUUCAUCCUUCUCUCGACUCUUUCAACGCCUCUCUGCACGUCAGUCAUGAUGAGAACAAAAAUGAUGAUGACGCUCCUCCUUUUGCGUACAUUAAUGUGCCUGCGAUGAAAGCGAAGAAUCAGACGUUGGUGCAUCUCUCGCAGCGGGUGAGGAUUGCGGAUCAGGAAGAGUUUGCCAGGUUUUGUAUGUUGACGUUGGGGAGGGAGGUGUUUACCAUUGGGUUGAGGGGGAAAGGAGGGUUGAAAUUGGGCGGGUUACCGAGGACGAAGGUGGAAUAUCGUCAGCCUGUGGAGUGGAAAGGCCUCAACUCCCUCACAAACCUCACAAUCCCCUCUUUCCAACUCAACCUCAACUCCUCCUCCUCCUCCUCCUCCUCCUCCUCCCCUCCGCCCAACGUCAACGACAACAAAAACUUCAACUCCAACGCCACAAUCUCCCUCCCCAACCCCUCCCCUCUAACCCUCAGCAUCGGAAGCGCCACCUUCGACGUCCUCGUCAACAACAUGUCCAUUGCCACCGCCACCACGGCCUCGUCCAAUCUGACUCUCAAUCCAGGAGAAAAUUUAUUCGGAGUAAAUGUGCAAAGUAAUUUAUCUGCUGUGACGACAUUGUUGGCUUUGCCCGCGUUUCGAUGUGGUGUGUUGCCGGUGGAGAUUCGGGGGAUUAAUAGUACGACUACUGUUACGACGACGACGACGACGACGACGGAAGAUGAGGGGCAGGUAUUGUUGCCGUAUUUUACGGCGGCGUUGAGAAAGAGUGCGGUGAAGACGAGUUUGGAUUUGGGUCCGGCGUUGAGGAGGGAGGGGUUACAGGCCGUGUUGACGGGGGAUUGUGUGGGAUGA